AUGUCCAGUACCAAUCGCAAAAAGAGCACCCCAAGCAAGAACAAACCCACCCACUGUGUAGAGCAGGAAAUCUCAGAGGGGGAGGAAGAUGAGAUCCAGUGCUUACACAUUUUCAAAUGUGAUACAACCAGUCCCCCUAUUCUAGUACAAGUCAGCGUUGAAGGGUCCCCGGUUAGCAUGGAACUGGACACGGGUUCGUCAGUGUCAAUCAUCCCGCGCAAUGUUUAUGAGAGUACAUGCAAACACCUAGAGCUCAAACCCGCUAAAGUAAAGCUUCGCACGUAUGGUAGUGAGAUAAUAGUCCCUAUGGGUGUGGUCAGCGCGAACAUUAGUUAUAACGACCAAUGCUGUGAGGCAAAGAUGUAUGUCGUGGAUGGACCUAGAGUUGCACUCUUUGGUCGCUCUUGGCUGCGCCUAUUCAAACUCGAGUGGCCAUCAAUCAAGUUGGUUCAAGGCAAGAACACUGCACUGUCAGACCUCACAGAGAAGUAUCAAGAUGUUUUCAGCGACGAACUAGGCUGUCUCAAGGGAUAUGCUGCGCAGCUACACGUCCGUGAUGUGGCAACUCCAGUACACCAAAAGCACCGCACAGUUCCUUUUGCCAUCCGGCACCAGGUGGAAACAGAACUAGAGAACUUAGAAAAACAGGGGAUAAUCUCUCCUAUCACCAAUAGCGAAUGGGCAACACCUGUUGUCCCGCUGGUGAAGAAAUCUGGUGGUAUACGCCUAUGCGGGGAUUUCAAGGUCACGUUAAACCCUGAGCUAGUGGCCGACUCCUAUCCCCUUCCAACCCUAGAUGAUCUGCAAGAAAAAAUGAACGGUGGGUCUUUCUUUUCUAAGUUAGACCUUACCAAAGCAUACUCCCAGAUACCACUCGACGACUCUGCUAAACAGUUCACAACCCUGACCACUCACAAAGGAUUGUACGCCUACAAUCGACUUCCAUUUGGCGUAGCGUCCUCAGCGGCGAUUUUCCAGCAACAGAUGGACAGAAUUUUCAAGGACCUUCCACAAGUACUGUGUUACCAAGACGACAUCCUGGUGACAGGAAGAGACAGCGAAGAACACCUUUCAAACCUGGAAGAAGUUUUGCGACGCCUACACGCCAACGGUCUCACAGCACAACGAGAGAAGUGCGAAUUCAUGCAGCCAUCGCUAAAAUACCUCGGCCACGUCAUCGACAAAGACCACUCCACCCCACGAGUGACAAGGUAG